AGGAAAGAGAGAGGGUGAGAGCGGAGGAACAUAGCAGCUCUGUUGUUGUGGACACUUUAUGAACACUGCUCAGGCAGAAAUGGAGGGGCUGAAGUAUAGGAACUGACCCACUGUCAUCAAGAGCAGUGGAAUACAUGUGGAUGGUCUUUUUGAAAGUGGAUCAGCAUUAAAAGAAGAAAGGGUCAAAUUCAAAUAUUCCUUUUUGGGUGAACUACAGACAUGACACAUAACUUGAGUUAACAUGGAUAUGGAGUAGAUCUUAACUGUUCACCUUAACGGAAGGGAGCUGAGGGCUGCAUGGGUCCGGUGGUCAUGCCCCCAGGGAAGAAGGCAGAGGGCCCCAGCAGUGGGAGUGUUGCGCGGGGUCUAAGUCAGCUCUACGAGGACACAGAAACAGCUGAUCUGUCUCUUGCUCUGUCCACAUCCCUAAGCCGGGCGGAGGACGAGGAGCUCACCAGCCUCAGCUGGCUGCACGAGAGCACAGAUCUUUUGACCAGCCUGGGUCAUUCAGGCCUGCGCAGCGUCAGCCCCCUGCAAGAUGCUAACGGUGGCCUCGAGCCCUCUUCGUCCUCACCUUCAUCCUCUCCUGAGCCCAGCGAGCCACACUAUCACCUGUCUACAGGUACCAGCCGUAAACCUCCAUACUCUUUUAGCUGCCUCAUUUUUAUGGCAAUAGAGGACGCUCCCUCAAAACGACUUCCUGUAAAAGACAUCUACGGCUGGAUACUAGAGCACUUCCCAUAUUUCGCUAGCGCCCCUACUGGCUGGAAGAAUUCAGUGCGUCAUAACCUGUCACUCAACAAGUGCUUCAAAAAGGUGGAUAAGGAUCGCAGUCAGAGCAUAGGAAAGGGAUCUCUCUGGUCUAUUGAUCCUCACUACAGACACAAUUUGAUUCAGGCGCUGAAGAAGACUCCAUAUCAUCCAUAUUCUCCUCGGCUUCCAAAAACUUCUACCUCUCCAUCUGCCUCUCCUCAGCAAUACCACAGUCAUCCACUAUGGCCAGGAAGUCCACUGUUCAGAAAAAAUGGAGGAGUGCUCUUACAAGUUCCACAGAGAGUGAUACAGCAUGGCUCACGAAUGGCCGCUCAAGGGCUCUUUCCAGUUAUCAGACCCCUUCCUUUGAGUCCUGUGAGCAGGAGGACCACAGCCGUGAGAUCUGCCCUGGGCGACUUUCUGAGUCGUGGUAAGAAUGGUCUGCACAGUGACUCUCCUCCUCACAACGAUGAUCAACAGGAGGAUCACACGUACAGCAGCUCGCAGUGCCCGAGUACAAAGAGGGACAUUUCUUCCCCCCUCUCCUCCUGCUCCACUCAGGGAUCCCUCUCUGCCUACAGCUGCGGUCAGGAGGUGAUCGUCACUGAGGUCAAGAAGGAACAAAAAGACUUUCCGCUAGACACUAAACCACCUCCUUCCCAUCUCCUACUCCAGCGCAAAAGACUGCUGUGGACCAAAGGUCACGUACGGACCCCAGGCGACACACUUCCCCUGAAGAAGAGGCGGGCGGAAAAGCUUCUGGGAAAUGAGCAAGAAGAUGAGGAGAUGAAGGAGGCUGCAGGGUCUUUGCUUCACCUGGCUGGCGUGCAUGCCAGUGUGAAUAAAAACGGCCAACGUGCAUGUAAAAAUCAGAAGGAGCUGAAAGAGGAAGUGAAAGAUUAGCAAUGAAUAAAAGUAUGGUUAAUGGAGAUCUAAAUACUUCUGUUUCAGGAUAUCAGGUGAAUCUAGUCAGUUGUUGCAAUAUCAAUAAAAUCACUGUCGUCCUAUUUUAAAUUUUAUUUCUAGCUGAAAGAUUCUCAUGUCCAUUGUUGUUUUGUGUGAGUGUGUGUGUGCCUGUGUGUGAUUGUGUGAAGGUGGAAAAAAGCCAUAGUAACGUUUUGGUCAUUUGAGUGCAAUUUUUUUUCAUCAUCAAGUCUACCGAACAAUUUAAAAAAUAAAACAAGAGGUGCACGCAGCAUUUAUUUUCCCUAUUACAUAUUGCACUUCUAAAAUAUAACUGUUAACCGAAAAAAAAUGUGUUUUUUCCUAAUGUUCUUUUGUAUUGUUUGCAUCCCAAGACCAUUGACAUACACAAAAAGUUACUGAGUGCACCUUUAGUUAUGUUGUAGCAAUCCUUCUAGUUGUAAGUUUGAAACCUAAACUGAGAUUUGAAUGCUGCUCUCAAGUGUGCCAAAGAUAAUACCCGUUGAUGACAGUGCAGCUAGUUAAUGCACACUUAGGAAGACCAAUAAAAGUUUAAAAGUGGACAUGCCAAUCUAUAUAAACAAUAUCCACAAGGCAAAUAUAUAAUAUUUAUUAAGCAGCAAAUUUUUCUGAGGAAAAAUGGCCUGUGGAAACAUGAAAGUCAAAUGCAAUAUACCACUUCUGGAUUUUGAUGUUCAAAUCAUUAAUGAUGUUGGGUCCUGUUUGAGGCACACUAAAACUGGUCUGUUUUUUUAAGCAAUGCCUAUUGUGUUCAUAUCAAGUUUUGCCAAAAUGUUUUUGUAAUUAAUUUGUAUUUUUGAUUUGCUUGAUUUUUUUAAUCUUCAUCACAAUUCAAGCAAUUUGUCCUGUCAGGAUAACACUGUAAAAAGCUAUUCCCUUUUUUACGGAAGGCAGAUUUUGCCUUAGAUUUUAUGGUUUUUUUCAGUUAUAUUGCAUGGGUGAUUGUACAUAAGAAAGAAGUAUUUUUUUUUAAUGUAAGAUCAUGUAAGAUAGAUAUUUAGCAUGAGGCAUGGCUUAUUUUCUUAUGAGAAAACAGAGAGACAGCCUAGCAGUCAUCUCUUAAAGCAUUGGCUUCUUUCUUCAUUCUUUUUUAAUUUGUAUCUCUUAUAUGGCAGACAACUCUUCCAAAGGAAGAGUCUAAACCUGUUAACAAAGAGAUCUGCCUUGUAUUGGAUGAGGUGAAACUGAUUUUGCCUUUUUUGUGGUACUCGGUUUUGGUGGUCCUCUCAAUUCAUUGAUGUAAGUGUUCUGAUGUUGUUAAUACUCAGUGUUAAAUGAUCCACCACUCUGUACACCCUUUAAGGUUGUGCCUGCCUUUAGUUCAUGUGCUUGGAUGUCCGUCAUGUUCUUUUUUUACCGUUAAAUUCCCUGUUAAUGUUUUUUUCAUUGUGAAAUCUGCAUCAUUGAUAUCAUAAAUUGUACUGAAAUAGUUUGACAAGGAAUUAGAAUUGGCUGUAUGUGGGUGAAUUGGGAUAAUCCUUGUUGCACUGCUUUGCAAUAGAGAGGAAUGUCAAACUUGAGUCUAUUUCAAAAAGUUUCUAAUACAGUUUGCGACUCAUUGGUUGAACAGUUAAAAAAUGAUGCCUGUGCUGGGAUGUUCCCUUUAUCACACUUUAAAGUAUCCCUCUCCGCAUCACUUCUCACAAACUUUAUCUGUGAAACUGAAUGCAAGGUUGUCCCAUGGCAUUGUUGGCUGCUUGGGUCCUCACCUGCCAUCACCGUAACUUUGUUAUGCAGCAUCUAUCAUGUUUACACUACACUUCUGUUUAACACACAUUGAUCAAAACUUUUUUGAAUGUUAUGUGUACACCAGGGGAGAGGAGCACAUAUCAGUCCUUUAAAAUACUUUGAUCUCCUUCAGUAUUUCAGCACUUUUUCAGCACAACAGUUUUGCUUUAAUUUCAUGCCAGUCCCAUAAAACUCCCUUUGUUUUGGUGUACCAAAAACACAAUUUUAAACUGACUCAUACAAAUCAAAGGGGGAGAAAAUAUGCAUGACCUAUUUAUUGGGAAACUCUCACUGCCUCUGGAAUUAUAUGUGAAAUAAUAUUAAUAAGGAUUUUGUCAAUGUUGUUGAUGUUUGUUUUUGCCAAAUAUGUUUUUGUCCUUGUACAUUAAAUCACUAGUGAUCUGGUAUAUACAGCACAAUGGAGUCAUGAUGAAUAUGUUUUUCACCAGGUCUAUUUUCAAUACACUCAGAUGACAAUGCUGUAUGAGUAUAAAGCUGUCUAUUUCCUUGGUGUGCAAUUGUAUUGCCAAAGAACAAAAUCAAACUAUUUCAUAAAUACAUGUAAAUAACCACACUCUCUGUGACAAUAGUGUCACGACAUGUUACUUUUCCACAUAUUUCUCCUGAAACUUAAAUAACGUUUAUGUAAUGUAUUGUCUUCCAGUUGCAAUAAUAAAAAUAUCAGAGUUUUAAAUGAGAA